GUUAUUCUGUUGCAGUAGGCUUUGCAAGCUUAAUUUCGUAGCACUCAAGUUUCUUUACAUUGCUUAAGCUCGCUUCGUAUGAUCGCGAAUUUUUACGCUAUUAUUGAAAUCGCGUAAAAAAUGGAAAAACAACGGUAACAUAUAAGGAAGUGGCGAGUGAAAGACAACGAUGGACAAUUAUUAUAAAAGAGACUUUCAGCGAGGUUAGGUCGCCUUCGCUAAAACAAAAGUGUAAAUAAUGAGAUUUUUGAAUGUGCUUUUUUAAUAAAUACAAUAUUAGGUAAUUCAAUUAAUAAAAAUGGAAGUAGUAACAAGUAGUAAGUUGUUGAAAAAUAGGAAAAUUCAUUUUACCAGAAGCGCGAAAACGAAAAGUUUAAAUAGAAACCAUAACAUUCAAAAUAAAAAUAACAAAAUUUCGAGAUCUAAUUCUUUAAGAAGCUCCUUCAAACAUAAUAACAAAAAUAAUAAUAAGAAUAUAAACGAUAUUAAUAAUUUUAUCACCAAUAACAAGAACCGUGGACAGCGCAAGGAAGAUGUCUGUUUUGGCGAGUUUACCAGGGAGGUGUACAAUGCCAUCUGCGUUCGAUUAGGCGAUACUCUACACAUUCCGGAAGAAUCUGUACAGGCCUUAUUUAAUGAUAUGAAACUGUUUCCGUCCAAAUCACAAGUGUCAAAAAUGCUCCAGUGUGCAAGACAGUGCAGUAGGAGAAAUGGUGCUACAGACUACAUCACCUUUGGGGAAUUUUGCGUUUUCGUUAAGGAAAUGCAAAAUCAACAUCCCAAACAACAGAGAAGACCUACACCUCCUAAAAUUAAUAAUACAAUAAAAUGUCAGAAUAGUAAAUGUGAUGUCUUUUUGGGAGGUUCCUGUAAUCCAACUACAUGGCGGGUUGAUACAGCUAUACCAGAACUUGAAAAACAGGGUAUUACUUUUUAUAAUCCACAAGUAUCAAUGUGGGCUCCAGAGUUAGUAGCACAAGAAUAUGAUGCAAAACAGGCAGCUUCAGUGCUACUUUUUGUGAUAGACAGUCAAACUAGGAGUACAGUCGGUAUGAUAGAAGUUGCUUAUCUCGUAGCAUCUGGCAGAUGUGUUGUAGUGGUUGCACAACCUUAUGAAAGGGCCCAAACAAUUAUGGGGGAAGUCAUUACUGAUAGGGAAUUUAGGGAUUUAGUGAAUGCCCAAAAAAUUUUAUUAGAUUUAGUAAAAAGUAAAGGUGUUAAAGUUCAUUCAAAUCUUUCUACUGCUCUGCAAUGUACAGCAAAUAUUUUAAGAAACUCCUCUACGAAUGGAACUAGUGCGGAGGAACAAAUAACAUGCAAACUUAGGAAACUGAGGGAAGUAUAUGACUCCUAUGGAGGUGAGAUGAAGCUUGUAAAUGUACUGGAAGCUUUUGAAAAACUGACUAAACGUUCUUUGGAAAUCACACAACUUUGCAACUAUUUCAAUACGCAAAACGGUUGCCGAACCAAUUCGACCAUUAGCUUUGAGAAGUUCUGUGCUUUGAUGGCGGAAUUUUCGACGCCCGACAACUGCGAAAUGUGCACUGCAGAUGUAUGGGCAGCCCAACCGUUUCAACGGCAAUGUACAACAAACAACAACACCUGUAGUCUAAACAACACAUAUGUCAAUUGUCUAAUAGAAACUCCGCUACCUGAAGUAGACGUUGACUCAAUACCAAACAGCGACAUUUUUCUAGGAGGAUCUAUGUCGUCCAAUUACAAAUGGAGGAGUGAGAUAGCUAUACCUUUAAUUAAAAAGCAUGGGCUGAUAUAUUACAAUCCUGUAUUGAGGGAGAGUGAUGAAUGUCGAUUGGGAAAAGGCUGUGAUGAUGACAAAUUUGUCCGAAGCAAUUCUUCAGACGUACUGGAGUGGAAAGGAGCUUUGGACAAAAGUAAAGUGUUAUUACUUGUAAUCACAAAUGACACGCGAUCAAUGACCAGUAUAAUUUUGGCAGCUUUCUAUAUGGGCCUUAAUAAAGAUAUGGUCCUAUGCGUACAAAAUCUUCCUGAUGAGUGCAUGAUAGGCAAUGAAAAGCUAACGAAAAAUGCCAUCAAGGAUUACAACAGAGCCAGAGUGUAUAUCACAGAUUUAGCAAAUAGAAAGCAAGUACCCGUAUUUGAAAACAUCACUAGAGCGGUAGAGUGUGCUAUAGAGAGAUGUAAAAGUAGGUAGAAUAACUUCACCAAUUUUUAAAUUUUAACGGGACCCGAAUCGAAAAAUCGGUGACCCAGGGUCAUUAAGAAAUCGAAAGUUUUUAUAGUUUCAUCAUCGGUCCGCUGUUAUCUCUCUAUUAAAACCAUCCAUAAAAGGCUGCUCUCUUUUUAGGAUAUAUAUAUAUACCCAUUGAAAAUACGCUUCAUCACAUAACUAGGUCAAUUUUAAGAUUAUUUCUAUAUAAAUUGUUGUUCCAAUAUGUAAAUAUGAAUAUAUUUAAGGAUCACGAUUUUACUAUAGAAAAAGUAGACAAUCUUUUGAAACUUACGAGAUAAGUUUAUUCAAACUACAAAAUUUCCGUUGGCGUAUAUUGUGAAAUCUUAAACUGACCUAGUAUGAAUUUUAUUUAUUUAUUCCGAAUGUUUUAAUCGCAACAAAUAUCGUUUUGUCGCAAAAAUGGACUUAUAUGUUAUUGGGUAAUAUAUUUGUUAACUACUAAUUAUGGAAAUGUAAAAAAAUGGAGCUGAAAAUAUGAAAAAACUUUAUUAUUUGAAUUACCUAAUUUAAUUGUUAAAUCUAGUUAUCGUUAAUAUACAAAUUGUUGUGUGAUUUUUAUCCGCACUGUAUGUAGACAGCUAUACUUUUGUUUUUUUCAUUAAAGUAGCUCGAAAGGAGGGUCGCAAAAAUUUGAAUUUACUCUGAAACGAAAAUACCGGGAGUGUUCACGAAUUUUCUUACAUAAUAAUUUGAUGAAAUUCAUGAUUAUUUCAGACAUUUCCUUCUGAGACAGUCAAUUACAGAUUUAUGAGACACACUCUAAUUAGCAAACAUAAAUGAAAGCUCAGACAAACACAUAAAUUGCUAGAUUGUUUAAUUAUCAGAUUACUUUGUAUUAUUGUGAUUCAAUGUAGUAUCACUUUUCCAACCUAUCCUUCAUUCUUUUCUAUCCAUUACUUUCUGUCUUUUCCUAUUCCAUUCAACUAUCCUAAAACUUCCUCAUUCCGUGUUUAUCUUGUAUCUUCUAUCUACCUAUCUAUCUAAUCUGAGGUAUCUAGCUCAGAUUUCUAAUCUCCAUGCUCUUUCGCUUUAUAUUGUGGUCCAUGUUUGUGCUCGAAAGUCACUAUUCUUUCAAAGGUUUGUGUUUUUAUUUCUUUCGGUAUCUCUUUCUUUGUCAAAAAGGUAUUUAUUUAUAUUUCUGCCCUUGUUUUCUCCCUCAUUUUAUUCACGAUCCUUCCGUUAUUUUUCAUCCUAAAUAUUUAAACCUAUCUACCUGUCUUCUAGUGGGUUUAGUAUACGAGUAUAACCCUAUCACACCUCGCGUUGUACUAUGUAUUUGGCAUUUCGUACCUUGUUCUUAUAGCAUUCAUUGUAUUAUUAUACAGUAUUUUAAAUCUAAUUAGUUGUUUCAUCCAUUCCUCUGUUUUUUACGAUCCUCUAUAUGUCGUUCUUCCCUAUGUUAUUGAAAGUUUUCUAUGAACCAAAGGUACGUCACUCCUAAUUCUCUUCUAGUUUUUUCCAAUAUUUGUCUUUUGUUUCUAAUCUUCUCAGCCUAUUACUAACUGUGUUUAUAGUAAUGGAAGAUGCCUGUAUCAUUUUUGGUGUUGUCGAUCAUAUUAACCCUUACUUGACACACUUAAAAAAAAUCAUGUAAUUGCCACAUGUCUAUUGGACUCCACGUCGAAGAACGUUUAUUAUUCCUCAAGUUCUUAAUAUUUUUAUUUGAGAAUUUUUUUAACAUAUUUCAAUGUGUUAUUUAGAGAUCGAAUGCAUAAUAAUGUUUCCAUGCUGAAAAAAACAAACUAUUCAAAAAAGUGAAAAAAUGAUUUUUUUUUUCAAAAAUGAGCUGCAUUUGUUUAGUUUUUAAUAUUUUAAGCUAAAAAAUUAACAGUUUAUGCUUGAAAUAGUAUAUUUAAAAAAAAGUUUCGAUAGCCUAAGUUUUAGCCAAUAAAUUUCAUCUUUUUAUCUCAAUUUCGAUGGUAAUCGGCUCAGCUUACACAUUUAAAAUUUCUGCAAUGCUCAGUCUAAGGUCGGUACGCAAGGUUGGAUUCUUGUGUCGAGUUUCUAAUAAUGAUUUAAUCAAGUACAUUGCUAAUUUUUGCUUGUUAUGCGCUCUUUAGAAUUGAUAUUGUGUUGACCAUUUGUAACCGUUUUUUACUCGAAGUUACACGAGUCGGGUACGUUCUCUAGCGUCUAAUAGACGCUGUGCCAAAGGGUCGUUUUCUUCAUCUUCCUCCGCUUCCAAAGGAGAAUAGUCAUCUUCGGAGACAUGGUCUUCCUCGUCGAAAGACUCUUGGCCGAUUGGCUCCACAUUAUCAUCCUCAGUAAAGAGCAUCUCUCGAAGAGCUCGUGAUCGCAAUUUAUACGCCAUCUAAAAAUCAUUCAAAUUAACUUAUUACAUAAAAAUUUAAAAAAUCUAACAUGGUAUAAAAAUCUACUUACGUUUAAAACUCUCAAAAAAUGCAAUUAUAUAUUACAAUUUUCUUUUUUAAUUUUCAACUCAAAAAUAACGUUGAUACACUGGGGUACAAUUGACCUCACCUCAAAUUUGACACUGCUUUGAGCUAAGGCUGCGAAGAACUGACGCCUCACAAGUAACGUAACAGGUAGUCUAACAUCUGAACUACAGGUAGAGGGCGUAGCAAGCCCCAUUUUUAGCGGGAUCAUUUAAAUACAUAAGAGUAAAAAUGGUGUGGGGACCCCACGUAUCAAUUGAGAACAUUACUUAGUAGGUUAGAAGAUAUUUGUUCAUAAAUCCGAUCUUCGAUUUUGUUCCUCAAUUCAGUGAACACUCCUAGUGUUAACUAACAGCAUUUUAUGAAAUUAGACAGUUGCGUUUUAAGAAAUAAUUAAAAUUUCAAUUUGAGUAUUUUGAAACCAAUUAUAAAGUUCGUUCCAACCCAUCAAAAAACCGUCCUCGGUACUAUGAAGAUUCUGCGCAAUAGAUAUUACGUGUUCCAACCGGGUAGUUACCGUUAUACAAACGAUUCUUAUUUGUGUUCCAACCGUUGAACUGUUUCCGGGACGGUCUUUUCGAUACUUGGUUAAUAGCAAGUACUGUUACAAGAACGGUACAUAGUCGGAGAUUGCGCAGAAAAUAUCUAUAAACGCUUCCGAUAAUCGUUCCAAGUACGGUACCGACUAGAAGGUUGGAACAAACUUAUAAUAUAAUUUUGGCACGAAUCAAAACAUGCUUUUAUGGUUUCAAAAGAAUAAAUUAAUUUGAGAAAAUUGAUUGAUGAAAUUUUCAGUAAAGUAUUUAAACUAUUUAAAAUUAGUUUAUGGCAGUAACAAGCACAUAUUUGAUAUUGGGAUUUUCCUCAAUAACUAAUUUUUAUUUAUAUUAAAGCUGCAAACUAAUGUAAUUUGUAUUCGAUAUUUAUAUUAAUCUUAAUUUUAUUAUAUAUAUAAAUGCGCCCCUUCCGUAUUUUGGUAUUGGUGAUUUUUCAAGUUUCAGGUUAUUUAAAGUUCCUCAUAUAUCUGUAAAUAAUGGCUGCUACUUACCUCAAUUUAAUAAAUUUUUUUAUAAGUAUAGUUGUAACAUUUCGUGUUAUUGCUGAUAUUAUAUGUAUACAAGAGCAUCACUAAAUUUUAUCACUAUUUUUUUUUUGUUCUCGUUGUUUUCACACUGUUUAUAUUUACAUAUUAGAGUAUUGUGUAAAAGAGUAAUUUAUUUCAAUGAUUUUUUUGUGAGGAAAAUAUGGAAAUGUAUAUAUUAUAUUCAAUCAGUUCUGCUGGUAUUUCUCUAUUCAUUGAAAAUGUGUACUUAAAUGUGUUUUUUGUUGAGUAGAAUUAUAGAAAAUGUGCAUUUAUUAAAGGUUUGUAUGGUUAACCUCAGUUUUUGUCUAUAGAUUUAUAAAAAUCGCUCUUAUAACUGAAGUAUUAGUUUAAAAGAUAUAUUUCAAUGCUUUGUAGAAAACAAACCACAUUUCCUUUAACAAGCAUCUUCUUUAGUACUAGUAAUCAGAGAAGAAAAAAUGAUGAAAAAUAGAAAUGCCUCAAUAUUAAUUAUUUGUCACCAUUUUUUUAUUUCUCUGUUAUCAGUGGUUUUGCUAUGAAAUACACAAAUAAUCUUGUUGAUAGAUUAGAUUUCAUUCAAUUUAAUCAAGCGCCUUUGAUAAUAGAAAUUACGUGUCGACAAACUAUUUGAAAGUUCGUCGAAAGCAGAUUUUUCUUGUUGCAGAUAUUAGUUCUUAUCUUUUUUAAUAAUAAAGAUGAAUAGAAAUGAUAUGUUCAAUUUCAUUUAACAUAUUGAUGACGUAUUAUCAGCUAUAAAAUGAACUACAUCAAAAUGAAGUUUCUACUAACUAUUCUUCUCUAAAGGAUUCAUUUCCCUAUAUUUUCAACUUCAAACCGUUUUAAGUGAAUAUUCAGACAAAUCUUUUAAAAUUUAUGUGAGUUGUGCAUUUGGUACUCAACUUUUAUUAAAUUGUGUUAUCUCAAAGCAAUUCUUAUACUCCAUAGGACUAUCUGCCACGUAUUGCACCGAAUUAUUUUUUCAAUAGCUUCAAAUUAACUGGUGAAAACUGAGGUUAAAUUUAUGGUUUAAACACGUAAGUGCCUUUGUAAGUAUCCAUAUAUUGUAUCAACCAGCCAAAAUGAUGAGGCGUACAGUAAAAUUAAGUAUUUUUUUUAUUCAAUGACUAUUGAGCGUUUUAUUGACAAGUUGUGUGUGGGAAUAGUGUAGAUCCAGUAUUUUUGUUUGUUUUUUACUUUUAUGUAGUUAUGUAAAGUGAUCAUUUGUAAUAGUUGAAUCUUAUUAAUAUUGUCAAAUAUUGCAAUUGUUGAGUAAUAUUCAAUUCAAGAUUAUACUAAAAAAAAUCAACUAAUGUGAAAUGGUCAUUGCAAAUAAUGAGAAAUUGCAUGUUGAUAAAUACGUUACUGCCCAUUUGGAACGAUGUUUACGAGACGGGUGCGUCUCUUUUGGAUUGUAUUGUACCUGAAAAUAAUGUUUGAAGUUGGAUUCUAUUUAUUUUCUAUGCAGGGUUUUUGUGAAAAUUUUUGGAGCUUGUUAGGACCAAACAAUAUCAUAUGAUAAAACAUUAAAUUCAUAACAUUGUUGUCAUCUUAUAUGAUAAUUUGAUGUGUAAUUAAUUUAUUAUAGUUUAUAGCUACAAAUUUCAUAUCAUGUUGUUAAUCUCGUAUAUUUCUAUUCUAUACUAGUUAUCCAUCACUCUUAUCUAAUUACAAAAAUAUGAGUUGACCUUCAGCAUUGAACAGUCUCGCCAUCUUCCAAAUAAAUUUUUCCCAAUUCAUUCCAUUGAAUAUUUAAAACUAUAUUUAUGAAUUGAUUACUAUGUAAAUAUUGCUAUUAUUUAGUUAAAACCUGCUUUGAAGUGUGUGAAAUUACCGCCAAUCGCUGGAACCGAUCGGCUCACCGACUAAGAUUAUCAAGUAGGUUACAUUCCAUCUGCCACUUUCCUCACAUUAUUUUAGAAAAUUUCACACCUUAAAAUUAUCUAUGAUUAUUAAUAUUCAUAUAUUCAUAGUUUAACACAUCAAAUUAUUUUGUAGUAAAAUAAAUGGUUCCAGUUUAGAUGUUUUCUAGUCAUCUGUUCUUAAAUACGGUCCUGAAUUAAUCAUAUUUCAAUGGAUUCAUAUUUUUGUUGAAAAUAUGAAUUUUGUCAUUGUUUUCCUAGUUUGUGAUAUUUUUAUGAACGCCCUGUGUAUUUAUUCUAUAACUAGUAUAAUAACAGAAUCUCACAGUUACUAAUGUUAAUACCGACUAAUUAAUAGUUAUUCUUAAUAUGUUCUUAUUUGAAAAGAAAUAAAAUAGUUGAAUACUAUCAGGUUUUGUAAUUUUUUGGCAGCCUAAACCCGAACUCAUUUAGUGAUUAACGUUUAGCUAACUUUUAGCACUUACUAUUAUUGUAUUUAUUUCUUUUUUUAAUGUCUAAUAAAGAAAAAUUGUUACAA